AUUGUAUUCAUUCUGUGGAUUUUCAAACGAAACUGAACAAUCAGCCUAAUAAAUUAAAGGGUGACAUAAAUUCCUACUGAUGGUACAUGGAACUAUAUGCAGCCGAAACAACCCUUUUUUUCUUUUUCAAAAUGAAGAACCCAAACGCAUUUUGGGUCUCUAUUUCUUUCAUGUUCUUGAUCUCCUGUCCAGCUUUAGCAGAUAUCCCGGGUUUCCAGGAAUGCAUGGUCCGAACAUUGCGGAACCAGGUUACUGCCGACUACAUUUUCACCUCAAGCAGCUCUCUGUUCUUGCCAGUCCUGCGGUCACAUAUUCAGAACGCCAGAUUCAACACCUCGGACACUCCAAAACCUCUCAUCAUAGUAACUCCACGAACAGAGUCUGAGGUUCAAGCUGUGAUCCGUUGUGCCAAAGAUCAAGAUUUGCAGGUUCGGGUUCGGGGCGGGGGCCAUGAUCACGAAGGCCUUUCUCACACCAGCUUCUUCGGGAACCAGUUCUUGAUUCUUGAUCUAGUCAAUUUCAAAAACAUUACAGUCGAUCCUGCAAAAAAGACGGCGUGGGUAGGCGGCGGAUCGACUCUUGGUGAGCUCUACUAUAGGAUUUCAGAGAAAAGCAGGAAUCUUGGUUUUCCGGCGGGUCUCUGUCCCUCCGUUGGUGUCGGCGGACACAUCAGCGGAGGAGGCCAUGGAAUGAUGUCAAGAAAAUACGGCCUUGCCGCGGACAACGUGAUCGAUGCGCGUCUGGUUGACGCGCAAGGGAGAAUCCUUAACAGGAAAUCAAUGGGGAAGGAUCUCUUCUGGGCAAUCAGAGGUGGGGGAGGGAACACUUUUGGUGUGAUUCUUGAAUGGAAACUACGUUUGGUAGAUAUUCCUGAGAAUGUCACAGUUUUUACCAUUAGAAGAUCUCUAAAGCAAAAAGCUACAAAGCUCGUGCACAAGUGGCAGACAGUGGCUCCUAUGUUACCAAAAGAGUUGUUUAUAAGAGUGAUGGCUUAUGGAGAACAAAACACUAUAAUAGCAGAGUUUAAGUCCUUGUUCCUCGGACCAACCCAUGAAGUACUCUUGAUUUUGAAUGAAAUGUUUCCCGAAUUAGGGGUGACAAGACAAGAUCUCGCUGAGAUAAGUUGGGCCAAAUCUGUCUUAUAUCUCGAGGGAUUCCCUUUAGGUACACCCGUUCAAGCAUUGCUCAAUCGCAUUGCUAAUAAUGGGAACCCGUUUUACUUUAAAUCGAAAUCCGAUUUUGUGAAGGAUGCAAUUCCUAUCAAUGCAUUUGAAGGUGUUUGGAACUUUCUCCAUGAAAAUAACUCGGGGUUUAUCAUGUUGAGUCCAUAUGGUGGAAGAAUGGCUGAGAUCUCGGAAUCGUCGAUUCCAUUCCCUCACAGAGCUGGGAAUUUAUACAAUAUCCAAUAUUGGACGAAUUGGAGUGAAGGAGGUGAUGAUGCCUCUCAAAUUCAGAUGAGUUGGAUAAGAAGGCUUUAUGGUUAUUUUACUCCUUUUGUUUCUAAGUCUCCAAGAAAAGCAUCCCUAAAUUAUAGGGAUCUUGACAUUGGACCACACAACAGUUUGGAUUCAUCAAGCUACGAAGAUGCUAAGUUUUGGGGGACCAAAUAUUUCAAUAAGAAUUUUGAUAAGUUAGUUCGGGUUAAGACUAAGGUUGAUCCUCACAACUUCUUUAGGAACGAGCAAAGCAUUCCUCCCAAAAAAAUAUUGAGCUAGUUAAAUUCAAAGAGUAUCCUCGACUGAGGGAUUGCAAUCUCUACAUUCUGAAACAGAUAUAGUUCUAAGGAAUUACGUACUACAAUCUUUACAUAUUAGUGCACG